UAGAGCCCAUGCUCCGCAAAAAGAGAAGCCACCGCAAUGAGAAACCCGCUCACCGCAACUAGAGAAAGCCCGAGCGCAGCAAUGAAGACUCGACACAGCCAAAAAAACGAAAAAGCACAAAAUUCUCAGAAGUUAUGUAUAUGUGCCAUACAAAUUAUAUUCCCAUCUGUGGAUCAAAUGGGGACACGUACCAAAAUGAAUGCUUUCUCAGAAGGGCUGCUUGUAAGCACCAGGAAGAGAUAAUAGUAGUAGCAAGGGGACCAUGCUACUCUGAUAAUGGCUCUGGAUCUGGAGAGAGAGAAGAGGAAGGGGCAGGGAGAGUUGUUCGCAGAAAACACUCCAAGUGUGGACCUUGCAAAUAUAAAGCUGAGUGUGAUGAAGAUGCAGAGAAUGUUGGGUGUGUAUGUAAUAUAGAUUGUAGUGGAUACAGUUUUAAUCCUGUGCCUGCUUCUGAUGGGAGUUCCUAUAACAAUCCCUGUUUUGUUCGAGAAGCAUCUUAUAUAAAACAGGAACAAAUUGAUAUAAGGCAUCUUGGUCAUUGCACAGACACAGAUGACACUAGUUUGUUCGGAAAGAAAAAUGAUGGACUACAAUAUCAACCAGAUGUGAAAGAUGCUAGUGAUCAAAGGGAAGAUGUUUAUAUUGGAAACCACAUGCUUUGCCCUGAAAACCUCAAUAGUUACUGUAUCCAUGGAAAAUGUGAAUUCAUUUAUUCUACUCAGGCAUCUUAUAGAUGUGAAUCUGGUUACACUGGACAGCACUGUGAAAAGACAGACUUUAGUAUUCUCUAUGUCGUGCCAAGUAGGCAAAAGCUUACUCAUGUUCUUACUGCAGCAAUCAUUGGAGCUGUACAGAUUGCCAUUAUAGUAGCAGUUGUCAUGUGCAUAACAAGAAAAUGCCCUAAAAACAAUAGAGGAUGACGACAGCAGCAAAACCUAGGCCAUUUUACUUCAGAUACAUAUUUCUAGAAUGGUUUAAACUGAUGACUUUUAUAUGUAUACUGACCAUGUGAUGUACAUUUAUUAUGUCUUUUUUUUAAAGAAUGGAAAUAUUUAUUUCAGAGGCCUUAUUUCUGGACAUUUUUAGUGUAGUACUGUUGGCUCGUAUUUAGAAUAUUCAGCUACAACAGUUUUGGACUGUUUAGUAGUCUUUGUUUUAUGUUUUUAAAUACAGAAAUUGAUUUCACAAAUUUGUACUACAUGGUAAUUCUAAGACUUGUUCUUUACCCAUGCAAUGUAAUAUUUUUGCAAAGACGGACCACUUCCAAAUGGUUAUAAAGUCAUACCCACUUCUUCCACAAUGACCACAGCAAAUGACCAAGCUUGAACUGAAGGUAUAGAUGUUUACAGAUUACUUUUCUUACAAAAAAAAUCUAGAAGACACUGUGUUUAGACAUUUCA